AUGCAUGUGCGAUUGGCGGCCCUGGCCGCGUGGCUACUGUUGAGCGCGGCGGCAACGCCGGCGACAGCAGAAGAGCUGAUGACCUUGGACGACGCGUUUGCACGCGUGGCCCAAACCCACCCCGAGCUGCGCCUGGUCGAUGCGCGAGCCACGGUGCUCGCUGCCGAGCGCGACCAGGCCGUGCAGCGGCCACCGUGGACGUUGGGGGCGGAGGUUGAAAAUGCGCUGGGCACGGGCGCGGCCCGUGGCCUGGACAGCGCGGAGUUGACCUUGAGCCUGAGCUCGGUCCUGGAGCGCGGCGGCAAGCUCGACGCCCGCCGCACCUUGGCCCAAAGCCGGAUUGAUGCACUGGCCGUGCAGCGCGAGACCGGGCGGCUGGACCUGCUCGCCGAGACGGCGCAGCGCUAUUUGGCCGUUGUCGGUGCCGACCGGCAACGCAGCCUGGCGAACAUGGAUGUCGGCCAGCGCCAGCGGACCGUCGCCGCUGCCCGGCAGCGCCUGCAGGCUGGCGCGUCUCCCGAAUCGGUGAUGCUCACCGCACAAGCAGCACUGGCGAGAGCAGAAUUGACCCGUGAUCGGGCCGAGCAGCAGCGCAUUGCCGCCCGGCAGCACCUUGCUGCCCUCUGGGGCGAACGUGCUCCGAGCUUCGAGGUGGCCGCGGCGGAUCCCAUGACCCUGCCGGCGAUCGCGUCCAUGCAGUCGCUGGCCGAGGAAUUGGAGCGCACUCCCGAGUUGGCGCAGUUUGCCGAUGCCCGCCGGAUCGCGCAGGCACGACUGCAGCUGGCGCGUUCGGCGGCCUCGCCGGACUUGUCCCUGUCCAUGCCACUGGGCAGCCGCAGCCGCGCGCAGCCGGAGAUCCGCGCCGGCGAAGCCGAGCUGGAGGUUCUGACGAUCGAGCGCGAGGCCAAGGGCCUGUCGCUGUAUUCCACGCUGGUCGAAGCCCAUGGUCGCUACACCGUGGCGCAGGCCGAGGUGGCACGGCUGCAAGGCGAGGUGCUGCCGAAGUUGGCCCGGGCUGAGCAGGCCGCCGAGCGCGCCUAUCGCGCCGGCGCGAUCAGCUACCUGGAAUGGGCACAGCUGCAGUCCGAACGCACGGCCAUGGCCCAGCAGCAGCUGGACGUGGCGCUCGAUGCGCAGCGCGCCCUGAUCGAAAUUCAACGCCUGACCGGCCAGGCGCUUGUCGCGCCGCCGGCGGCUGCUUCCACCGGAGAGACCCCAUGA